AUGAUUCAGCAAAUGAAUCCCAAACACAACUCCCGUAAUUUGGAUGAGAGGAGUGGUGCCCGAACGAGAUGUGUCUCAAUACCGAGUACCCCUAUUGUGUAUCCUGCAUUUGACCUCUCUCCCUCCAUUAGUCCAAGCACUCCAACACUAUUUAGUGACGAUGAUGUUUUUGCAACAGCAGGUAGCCCUCCAAAACGAGCACAUAGCUCUGCAUCCACCAUUCUUCGAAAGCAUCUUCAUCAACAACAACGACCGAAAUCUGUCUCAACAAAUUAUCCAAAGCAACGAGUAGUCAAGCAACCACUGAGUAUGAAGGCAUCCACAAUUCAAAUCCAAUUCUUUCAAGACAACAGCCAACAACAUUCUCAACACUCUGCCUCCAUCACUAGUAAUCGUCAUAAUUUGUCAACAGGUUCAGAGAGUCAACAACAACUGACCAAUUAUCCGGUAUCAGACCAGCCAUACCACUGCAACACAUCCAUAGUUACUUUCCAUGACCAUUCUGUAGAAUCAAAUUCCAUUGCUUCCCACAGCAGUAGACCUGGAAGUGGAGCAAGCACAAAAACAUCAAGCACCUUAAACAGUGGUAGAAGAGCCUCCUCAGCCGACUACCGAAGAUCCUCAAGAGACAAUUCCAGAAUUUCAACAGAUGUUGAGGAUAUGAGUAGGCCUUCGUCAUGGAAGCCAGGAGGGACACGAAGUACUCCUCUUGAAAAUCUGAACUCUCCCAAGCGAGUAUUACUCACCAAAAGAAAAUCCUUUUCACAAUUGUCACCAGCCCUAAAAACUCAACUGGAACAAAUUAAGUCUGUACCAUUAUUCGUUUCAGAUGAUAUUGACACGAAGAAGAGUGUGAAAGAAAGCGUCAGCCCUCUUUUCCUAAAUCAAAUUAUUGAAUCUCUAUUCAUGAAGGAAGAUAAGUUAAUUGAAAAAGCACGACUGUACAAAGAUUUUAAGGAUGGAGAAGAUAAACUGUCGAGAGCACCCUCCACCAUUUCAAAUUCAUCUCCAAGAAGUUCCUCUCUUUCCUUAAGACAAAGCACCUACACAAGUGUGACCCACAAAGACAUGCCCUCGUUCACAGGAGUGAAACAAUCUCAAUUGGCCUCAGAAAAUCCGUUUUUUAUUCCUUUAUCGCAUGAUCACGAUCAGACAACCAGUUUUCAUUCUUCACCAAAGAAGCCAUUAACAGCAUCUCAGACAAAACGAAGAAGUAAUUCAACAACAGGAUUCAAAAAGAAAUAA